CGCGCGGUGCGCGCUGGCCAUAAAAAAAAAAAAAAAGGAAAAACCUAAACCAAAACCCCAAAACAGAAACAGAAACGGGGAAGGAGGCACAGAGGAAUGGGGGAAACGGCAAUGCCAACGACGUCAGUGAGUCAAUAAUGUAAUUUUCUCGUUUGAUAUUUCGACUACAUACACAGAGAGAGAGAGAGUGGUGGGGAAAUGAAUGAGGAAAUGAGUUGAAGGCGGGCCAUUAAACGAACCCAGCCAGCAUUCCUCGCAAGCAAGCUAAACGAGGUUAAAGGUCGCCAACAGAGUCUCCAAACACUUGCAUCCCAUCCUAACCAAGCCAAUUAGUUUUUAAACUUAAAGCAUUUCCACCAGAACUCUAUAAAUUUACAAAAAAUCCAUACACAGUUUGCUGUGAAUGGCCUGUCAAUCAGUGCUGAUUACAUGUACACAUCCACAUCGAAAUAAGAGUUCAAAACAGUUAAAGACAAAUUUCCAUUCACCCUCAAAUAUUUCGGCACAUUUUGUAUCACAAAAACAAAAAGAAAACAAUAAACACUUUAUUAACGAAAGGAUUCGUUUUAAGGAAUAGCGCAUCUCAGGACGGGAAAACAUGUCGUUAUCGAAGCAAUCAAUUGAUCUCAAGCCACAAGCUAGUCCACUCGCCUAUGGGAAGUUGAAGGAUCUGGACGAGAUGGAUCCCAUCAAUUUAGAUGUACCAAAUCGACAGAUGGGUUUCUCUAGUUCCAUUGUGGACCAUCAAGUGGACGAGAGCAUAGAAAACACAACCUUAGGCGAACUGCAGCGGAUUUUCGAAAGCCUAGCACCGUCACCUUCUCCGGUUCGAGAGCUGCCCAACAACAGUCUACGGAAUAUUAACAAAUCCGAUCCGGUAUUCUAUGGCUGGGAUGAGGCACCAGCGGGACGAAUAUCAAGGGGCCAAAUUAAGAGAACCCAUACUCGUAAUCCCAUCUUAAACCCUGAGGAAACUGAGCUGGAAAUUGAGGAAAAACCCCAACAGGCAUUGCUGGCUAUCGAAAACCAGACUCUUGAUCUUCCAGAAGACGAAAUGAAUGCGAAAACCCGUCUGCUGGUCAUCAAGUUCUUUAAUCUAAUGCAUGCGAAGCUAUGGCGACGCCGGAGGUCAGAGGUCGGGGAUUUGCACACGCUUGUUCGCAAAUACCAGGCUCAUGCUGCUCGCACCCAAACCGAGCUGUUAACCCGAAACCAGAUGAUUUGCUUAGAGCAACGACGUGGCGAACAGCUGUCUCAUCAGCUGAUGCGGGCCAUGAGUCGCAUCCGCAUGACCAUGGAAAGUUGCGCCGAACUGGACAAUGAGCUGCAGCAGCUGAAGAUGCGGGAGGCGUUUUUGAACAGCGAACUGGCGUCCAAGUCGCAGGAAUGUUCAAAUUUCGCUGAAAUGCUAGAAAUCUGCCGUUCCGAAAUGUUUCGCGAAUUGGAAAAUUAUCGUGAAAAUGCUGCCGAGUUGGCCAAACAACAGAAACGAGCCUUCGAUUUGGAGCAUGAAAAUGCCCAGCUGGAGGAUCAGCUGCUCACAAUCAAGGAUCAGUUUGCCCUACAGAAUGAUCAGAUGUCGGUGGCUCUGGCCGAGAAACAGGAACAACUGAACACCGCCUACGAGACUCUGAAGCGAUGCGAACAAGAACUGGCCAAGCUGGAGUUAAAAUACAAAGAGGCUCUGCGCCAGAACGAGAUCGAUGAGGAUUUGCAAAAGGAGAUUUCGAAUCUAAAGAAGAGCAUGGGCUUCGCACGCUAUAUGAUCUUCUAUCUGACGGAACGUGAAUGGGGCUACUGUCAAGGAGCUUUCCAAGGUUACGUAUACCACAUGGUGGCCGAAACACUAGACUGCCUGGCUCCCGCAUUUGCCACACCACCGAUGGCUGAUAAUUUACUUCGAAUAGCGAUAGCCGCCGUAUUCCUACUUAUUGCCAUGUAUUAACUUCAUUCGAUGAUGAGGGGAAAAUGAUCAAGAGAGUCUUUUCCAUUGUUUUGGAGUUUUUAAAAGAGUCGAGUCGAAAAGGGGUCAAUGGGGAUAUUGUGAGAAUUUUCAUUUACGCUCACUAAAAACAUUUCGUUUUUCUUUUUUGACAUAGUAUUUCACAAGCUAAACCAGAAAAAUUCGAAUAAAAAAUUUCCCCUAGCCUGAAUUUAAGUUUCUUGAUAACAAAAUGAUAUUUAACAAAAAACGAAUUUGUAUUCCUAACUGCUAGACUUUAAAUAACAGUAAUAAUAAAGUUAUAAGAACGCAAAAUGA